AUGCUGGCCACUGGAACGAAUAUUAUGCACCCAAGUUUUUCCACCGCCUCCCUGUAUGUAGGGGACCUAAAUGAGGACGUGACCGAGGCAGUCCUGUACGAAAUUUUCAACACCGUUGGACAUGUGUCAUCCAUAAGAGUAUGUCGAGACAGCGUGACAAGAAAAUCACUUGGUUACGCAUAUGUGAAUUACCACAACUUAGCAGACGCGGAAAGAGCAUUGGACACAUUAAACUAUACAAACAUUAAGGGACAGCCAGCUAGACUCAUGUGGAGUCACAGAGAUCCAUCUUUGAGAAAAAGUGGUGCAGGUAAUAUCUUCGUGAAAAAUCUAGACAAGUCUAUAGAUAAUAAGGCGCUAUUUGAUACGUUCAGCAUGUUUGGAAAUAUUCUCUCAUGUAAAGUUGCAACGGAUGAAUUUGGAAAGAGCAAAAGCUAUGGGUUCGUUCACUAUGAGGAUGAGGAGAGUGCAAAGGAAGCCAUCGAAAAGGUGAAUGGAAUUCAGCUAGGAUCGAAGAAUGUAUAUGUAGGCCAUUUUAUAAAAAGGUCGGAGAGAGCUACAAACGAUACUAAAUUUACGAACCUGUAUGUGAAGAAUUUCCCAGACAGUGUUACUGAGGCACAUUUGAAGCAGCUCUUUAGUCCAUAUGGAGAAAUUACGUCCAUGAUUGUGAAGACGGAUAAUAAGAAUAGGAAAUUUUGCUUCAUCAAUUAUGCUGAUUCGGAGAGUGCAAAAAAUGCUAUGGAAAAUCUGAACGGAAAGAAGAUCACCGAUGAUGGGCAGAUAGAUCAUACCUACGAUGCGAAAAAGGAAGAAGCAGAGAGUGGAAGUGCAGGUAUAAAUGGCGGGGCUGGCAACGCUAGUGCGGACGCUAAUGGGGCAGAAGUUGAAGGCGGUAAAGCAGCAGUAGAUGCGAAGGGGGACAACAAAGCUGCUACCGCUGGUGAGGCUGGCAAAAGUGGAGAAGAAACUGAAGGAGCAGCUAACACCACCGCAGCAACGUCAGAAUCCGCCAAGGCAAAAGAAGGCAACAAUGACGAAUCUGACGAUAAGGCCAAUGAAGCAUCAGGGGCCACUUCCACAGAUGCAGCUGCCAACGCGAAGGAAGACGCAGGAAAUAGCGCUGGAGCAAAUGCAGCCGCACAAGGAGAAAGCACAAAUGCAAUUAGUAAAAAGGAAAGUGGUUCAGAGAACGCAGACAGUCCUAACAUCCUAUAUGUAGGACCUCAUCAGUCGAGAGCCAGAAGACAUGCCAUUCUGAAGGCCAAAUUUGAUAACCUCAACAUGGAAAGUAAAAACAAACACCAGGGUGUAAAUCUGUAUAUAAAAAAUUUGGACGAUGCGAUUGACGACCAAACAUUGAAGGAACUGUUUGAACCAUAUGGCACCAUAACCUCAGCAAAGGUCAUGAGAGACGACAAGGAACAAAGCAAAGGGUUCGGUUUUGUCUGCUUCGCACAACAAGAAGAAGCAAACAAAGCAGUAACAGAAAUGCACCUGAAAAUCAUCAAUGGAAAACCCCUAUACGUUGGUUUGGCAGAAAAGAGAGAACAAAGAUUAUCUAGACUACAACAACGAUUCCGCAUGCACCCCAUAAGGCACCACAUGAAUAAUGCAUUAAAUUCUCCCAUGCAAUACCCAAACCCACAGUCCCCACAGAUGCAGUUUAAUCAGAACACUUUAAAUUAUGGUAGACCUGUUUUAACUCCAUUUAACCAGAAUAACCUCAUUUCCUGGAGACAUCAACAAGCGGCACAACAACAAGUGGUUCACCAACAGGCAGCUCAACAGCAACUAAAUUUCAAUGCGAAUUUAAGAGGACAGAUGAACCAAAUGAGAUUCUACGCACAAGGAGGAGCCAACAUGAUGAAUAACAGUAUGAAUCAGAAUAAGGUUAACUCCCAACUGCACCCAGGACACCAAUAUCCGAACGCACUAGGACAAGCAAAUCCACAACAACAGAAUAUGAACGCACCAGGACAACACAACAACAACCAACCGAUGCAACAACAGCCUGGAAACAAUCAAAUGUUGAACAAUAAUAUGAGGAACAUGAACAACAGAGCGGGUAGAAAUAUGGGAGGAGGAAAUAUGGGAAACAUGCCAAACCAGAAACAGAUACCUCUCAACAUGGUAGGUAAGCAGAACACUGCUCAGGCCAACCAGAUGAACCACCAGGGACCACCUCCACCACAACAACAGACGCAACAACCAUCACAACAACAACAGACACAACAGAAGGCGGCCCAACAAAUGCAACAACAGGUACCUCCAAAUGGAAACUUCAAAUUCACAUCACAAGCAAGAAACCGUAUGGAAAUGCCAAACAAAAAUGCAAAUAAAGUGAACCCAAUUAAUAACAUGAACGUGAACUUUAACAACAACUCGACUUUAACUGCUGCUGCGUUGGCGUCUGCACCUCCCUCCAUGCAGAAGCAAGUUUUGGGAGAAAACUUAUUCCCCCUGGUUGCAAACUACCACCCAACUUUAGCUGGAAAAAUCACGGGAAUGAUGUUGGAGAUGGACAACUCCGAGCUGCUAAUUUUGCUGGAAAAUGAGGAGCAGCUGAAGAAGAAAAUUGACGAGGCGCUUGUCGUGCUGCAGAAGGCCAAGUAG